GAGGAACCUCAGACUGUGCGGGACGGUGCCGUCCUUCCAACAGAAAAGAGGUAUUCCUGCCCUGAGUGUGGAAAAAGCUUUCAUUUUAAAUCCGGCCUUCGUGUUCAUCUAAGGUGCCACUCGGGCGAGCGGCCGUAUUCCUGUACUCAGUGUGGGAAACGUUUUCGUUUCAACUCCAGUCUUCACGUCCAUAUGAGAUCCCACUCCAGCGAGCAGUCCUUUCCCUGCACUGAGUGCGGUAAAAUUUUCCGUUUUAAGUCCAGUCUUCGCGUUCAUUUGAGAUGUCACUCGGGUCAGCUUCCCUAUUCCUGCUCGGAGUGCGGGCAGUUUUUCCCAACUAAACCGCAACUCGUCAUACAUCAGAGGUCUCACACGGGCGAGAAGCCGUUUUCCUGUCCUGAGUGCGGGAAGGGUUUUGUCACCAAAUCAAAUUUGGAGAGGCACCAAGUUUCUCACACGGGGGAGCGGCCGUACGCCUGCCCCGAGUGCGAGAAAUGUUACGCGCGAAAAUCUCAGCUCGUCAUGCAUCUGAGGUGUCACUCGGGGGAGAAGCCGUAUUCCUGUACUGAGUGCGGGGAAAGUUUUUUGUGGCAAUCCCAACUUUUCCGACAUCAGGUAUUCCAUACGGGCAAGAUGCCGUUUUCCUGUCCUGACUGCGGGCAGAGCUAUCCAAUGAAAUCAGAACUUGUUAGACAUCAAAUAUGCCACACGGGGCAAAAGCCGUAUUCCUGUCCUCAAUGCGGGAAAUGUUUUUCACGGAAGUCCUAUCUCUCUGUACAUCAGAGAUCUCACACGGGUGAGAAGCCGUAUUCCUGUGCCGAGUGCGGAAAAUGUUACUCCCGGAAGUCAGAACUUAACACGCAUCAGAGGACUCACACGGGCGAGAGGCCGUAUUCCUGUUCUGAGUGCGGCAAAUGUUUCGCGCGGAAGUCCAGUCUAUCUGUCCACCAAAAAGACCACAGGGGUGAGAAGCCACACGCCUGCCCUUUGUGCGGGAAAUGCUUUCCUUGGAAGUCAGAACUUGUUGCGCAUCAAAGAUCUCACACGGGGGAGAAGCCGUAUGCUUGCCCUGAGUGCGGAAAACGCUUUCAGCGUAAACCGGAUCUCACCGCACAUAAGAGGACUCACACCGGGGAGAAGCCCUUUUCCUGUCCCGACUGUGGGAAAUCUUAUUCGCAGAGGUCGUAUCUUUCUAUACAUAAGAGAAGCCACACGGGGGAGAAGCCUUAUUCCUGCGCGGAGUGCGGGAAAUGUUUCGCCGACAAGUCGAAUCUUACAGUCCAUCAGAUAGGCCAUACCGGCGAGAAGCCGCAUUCCUGCCCUGAGUGCGGGAAAUCUUUUGUAAGGAAAUCGGAUCUUGCGAAACAUCACAGCACGCAUGGGGGAGGAGCCGCAUUGAAGUCCUGAGUUACGGGAAGGGCUAUUCAAAAGUCACGCUGGUUGAGUCCCUCCAGCAAGUGUAGUCUGAUCUCUCCUGCUCUUCAGGAGAAGCUUCAAAAGGAAUAAUCAUGGUAGGAGAAGGUUAUCCUUCGUAGAGACACACACCUCCAUCUUUUUUAUGGACUGAGUCCCAAUAUUUUAUCCCCUUAUCUACUCUAUUAACCCCAAUGACCAACCCUUCAACCCAUUUUAACGAACCCCCUAGAGAUGUUUUCCUUAGCACAGUAGACCCUUCGGGUUCGAGCUUUAGAUCUUGUGUAUAUAUAGAUGAUAUCACGAUUCACCACUUCUGGACCGCCGCACGACUAUAUACGUCGGCAGUUUGAAGCGGGAUAUCUCGGUUAUGGUAGCAGAUUGCUGCCAUAACCCAGGUAUCCUCGUCUUCAGGCGGUGGUCUGAUUUCCGAUAGGGUUGUCCCGAUACCACUUUUUUAGGACCGAGUACAAGUACCGAUACUUUUUUUCAAGUACUCGCCGA